CAAACCACUACAAAAUUCCAACACCCACAAGAACGCUCUCGUAUCACCCACUCAACCAAUUCGCCUGAUCCCUUCUUAGUUCACGAUAUGCACCAACACCACGGCCCUCCUCCUCCAGGCGGUCCUGGCGGUCCCGGCGGUGGUCCCGGCGAUGGCCCUGGUGGUCCCGGCGGUCCUGGUGGUCCCGGCGGUCCUGGUGGCCCUGGCGGUCCUCCUGGCCAGCUGGGUCACAAUCAGCCGCAUCCUGGGCCCGACCAUCCUCCUCCUGGCCCUGGAGGUCAGCAAGCUCCCAUGGAUGGGCCCCACGGCGGACCCGGUCCUCUCACAACCCCACCAGAUGACUUUGACAAAGUAGCAAUCCUCGACGAGCUGUUCUUCUCGCGUUGCCGUAUCAGCUUCGUUUCCCUAUCUGAAGCAGAUCUGGAUGGUAUCGCGAAGGCGUGCGAUGCAGCGACCUUCGGCAAAUACAACGAAGAUGGGCUCGACGAAGACAUAUCGGAAGGCCAGAAAUUGGAUCCUCCCAACUCGCUCAAGUUUGAUCCCACAGGCUGCUGGAUGCGACCUGCUCAAAGGCGUGCGGCCGUCGCUCGUUGUACGUCAUGCCCAGGAUCCUUCUUCAAGGCUCACAAGGACACUUCUGGCAGUGAGUAUAUGUCCGGAUCCCUUGUGCUCAUUCUCUCGACCCCACAAAUCAGAGCUGGUCUCAAGCUCACUUACCAUUCCCAGUCCUGGCUGCUUGACCUGGCGCGAAUGAUCGAUGCUGAGGGUCAUUCCCAAGUAGUCUACGUUGCAUUCUUCAGCGGCGUGGACCACGAGACCAAGCUCUUCGAAUCUGGCUAUCGGAUCCCUGUGAUGUAUAGCCUGUAUACGCAGGCAGCCGCAAUGGAGGCAGGGUCACCGCCCGAGGACCUUCGAUAG